AUGCUGCCCGCGCGCGGCGCCCGCCUGCUCACGCCCCACUUGCUGCUCGUGCUGGUGCAGCUGUCCCCGGCCCGCGGCCACCGCACCACCGGCCCCCGGUUUCUCAUAAGUGACCGUGACCCUCAGUGCAACCUGCACUGCUCUAGGACCCAACCCAAACCCAUCUGUGCCUCCGACGGCCGGUCCUAUGAGUCCAUGUGCGAGUACCAGCGAGCCAAGUGCAGAGACCCAGCCCUGGGUGUGGUACAUCGAGGCAGAUGCAAAGACGCUGGCCAGAGCAAGUGUCGCCUGGAGCGGGCGCAGGCCCUAGAGCAGGCCAAGAAGCCGCAGGAGGCGGUGUUUGUCCCGGAAUGCAGCGAGGAUGGCUCCUUUACCCAGGUGCAGUGCCACACUUACACCGGGUACUGCUGGUGUGUCACCCCAGAUGGGAAGCCCAUCAGUGGUUCUUCUGUGCAGAAUAAAACUCCUGUAUGUUCAGGUUCAGUCACCGACAAGCCCUUGAGCCAGGGUAACUCAGGAAGGAAAGAUGACGGGUCUAAGCCAACACCCACGAUGGAGACGCAGCCGGUGUUCGACGGGGACGAAAUCACAGCUCCCACUCUGUGGAUUAAGCACUUGGUAAUCAAGGACUCCAAACUGAACAACACCAAUGUAAGAAAUUCAGAGAAAGUCCACUCAUGUGACCAGGAGAGGCAGAGUGCCCUGGAGGAGGCCCGGCAGAACCCCCGGGAGGGCAUUGUCAUCCCAGAGUGCGCCCCUGGGGGGCUCUAUAAGCCGGUGCAGUGCCACCAGUCCACGGGCUACUGCUGGUGUGUGCUGGUGGACACGGGGCGCCCACUGCCUGGGACCUCCACACGCUACGUGAUGCCCAGUUGUGAGAGCGACGCCAGGGCCAAGAGCACCGAGGUGGAUGACCCCUUCAAGGACAGGGAACUGCCAGGCUGUCCGGAAGGAAAGAAAAUGGAAUUUAUCACCAGCCUACUGGAUGCCCUCACCACAGACAUGGUGCAGGCCAUUAACUCAGCAGCGCCCACUGGAGGUGGGAGGUUCUCAGAGCCGGACCCCAGCCACACCCUGGAGGAGCGAGUGGUGCACUGGUACUUCAGCCAGCUGGACAGCAACAGCAGCAACGACAUCAACAAGCGGGAGAUGAAGCCCUUCAAGCGCUACGUGAAGAAGAAAGCCAAGCCCAAGAAAUGCGCCCGGCGUUUCACCGACUACUGUGACCUGAACAAGGACAAGGUCAUCUCGCUGCCCGAGCUGAAGGGCUGCCUGGGUGUGAGCAAAGAAGGUGGUAGUCUUGGCAGCUCCCCCCAGGGAAAACGAGCAGGCACAAACCCAUUCAUAGGACGCCUCGUCUAA